AUGGACGAAAAUGGAUGUCGCCUCGCACUCCACAAGUCUCCUGAUGUUUUAGCCAAGAAAGGUGUGAAACGCUUGCACUUUGUUGCCCCAGAACAUUGGGAAAAUGUUACCAUUGUCUCAUGUGGGAAUGCAAUUGGACAGGUUAUUCCUCCUAUGAUACUUUUCAAAGGAAAGCGACGCAAGCCAGAACGGGGAGACUAUUUGCCACCUGGGACUGCAGUAGAAAUGACAGAUAAGGGCUCAAUGAAUACUGCGACAUUCAUCAAAUGGAUACAUCAUUUUGCCAAAUACAAGCCUGCAAAAGAUGUUAUUUUGAUAUUUGAUGGAGCAUCGUCACAUUUGGACCCGAAAAUUUGCGACGUUGCUGAAGAACACAAUAUCAGACUUUACUGCUUGCCCACCAACACAACACAUGAGCUACAAUCCACGGAUAAAUCAGUAUUCAAGCCGUUUGAGUCUUACUGGAAUGACGAAGUUCAGCUGUACUGGUCUACACAUGAAAGGGAAGAAAACAGAGCAAUUAAUAGACGUGUGUUUGGAAAAAUCUUCAGCAAGGUGUGGCCAAAAGCAGCAGCCCCAGUAAAUGUCAUGUCUGGGUUUCGUGCAACAGGGAUUUAUCCUUUUGACCCAGAAGCUAUUCCAGACACUGAAUUUGCUCCCUCUCGUCCAUCAGAGCGUCCUGACCUAGAGGAGGACAUGACAAUUGCCCCUGAAACAGGGAAACUGCCAGAGACUCAAUCAGUCCCAAAGGCUUCCCGCAAAAAGGGGCGCCAGUCCAUUGAUUCCAGUUCAUCAGAAAGCGAGGCAUAUUCAGUAAACGAUAGUUCAAGUGACUUCAGUCUCGAAGAUAGUGACGCACCUGAAGUCUAG